UAUCACGCACAGUCUAUCAGUAGCUGACGACGUUCUUCGACACAGCACAGCCUCUUCUUUCCGUCGGCAACUUUCUUUAAAAGGAUUGUAAUUCCGAAGUAAUAUCAACCAUGGCUCUCCCAAGCACAUUCAGGAAGAUGAUGGUCACCAAACUGUCAACUAAUUUCAGAGAAGCUGUCAAGAUCAGUUCUGUUCCGAUGAUACAGCCAGCUGCUGAUGAAGUGCUUGUGAAAACAAGAUAUGUAGGAAUCAAUGCAUCUGAGAUCAAUGCAUCAUCAGGAAGGUAUGCAAACACAGGUGAACCACCAUUUGGAGCUGGCAUGGAGAGUGUUGGAGAGAUCGUCAGUGUUGGAAGUAAAGUGAAGAAUCUCAAGGUUGGACAGGCGAUAGCCAGCAUGACAUGGGGAGCAUUCGCUGAGUACAAUGCCGUGCCAGCUAAGAUGGCAAUCCCUCUACCGGCAGCUAAAGCAGAGUUUGUUACUCUCAUGGUCAGUGGGAUGACAGCUGAUCUGAGCCUGGCUGAGCUUGGUGAAAUGAAAGCUGGCGAAAAUGUUUUAAUCACAGCUGCUGCUGGAGGAACAGGUCAAUUCGCAGUUCAGUUAGCUAAGCUUGCUGGGUGUCAUGUGAUCGGAACAUGCUCAACAGAUUCAAAAGUGGAAUUCCUGAAGAAUAUUGGCUGUGAUCGACCAAUCAAUUACAAGAAGGAGAAUCUGAAAGAUGUUCUCAGAUCAGAGUAUCCGCAAGGUAUAGACGUCGUCUAUGAAACCAUUGGAGGGGAGAUGUUUUCUACCUGCCUCAAGAGGUAA